AUGUACCGACCUGCAUCCCGAACGGUGCUGCGCACUGCAGCUCAGAGCUCCCUCGCACCUGCACGGACAAUCGUAGGACGUCGAUUCGCAAGCACAACCCCGGUCAAUGGUCGGAGGAGUUGGAAGAGCAGUGCUUUGCGAUGGGGAAUCGCGGUAGCAGGAAUAUACUAUUACAACACUAGCCCGGUCUUUGCUGAGCAACCACAACAUCAUCUCCUUAAUCCAAAUCUUGAACAUCUCGAAGAUACGCAAGAUCAUCAAUCGUUAGAAGAACUCACUACACGGCGCGCCCGCAAUGCAGAAAAGAAUGCAUCUCAAUUACAUUCGGCGGUUGAUGCCAUUUCAACCGAAAACGCGUCGACCACAGUGGUCAGUGAGCACGAAGUACCACUCAGCACGGAUGACGGAGCAGGAGCCGGCGGUGUUGCGGCAUUAGAGGAAGAGGCGGGACAACAGGGAGCAUUCAACCCGGAGACUGGAGAGAUCAAUUGGGACUGCCCAUGCCUCGGUGGCAUGGCUGAUGGACCCUGCGGACCCGAAUUCAAGGAGGCGUUCUCUUGCUUUGUCUUCUCGCAAGAAGAGCCCAAGGGGAUGGACUGCAUCGACAAAUUCCAGAAUAUGCAGCAGUGCUUCCAGAGACAUCCGGACGUUUAUAAGGGUGAGCUGGAGGAUGAUGAGGAGCUUGAUGCAGAGUUGGAGGGCGAGAGACAAGAGCUAGUUAAGGAGAUUGCGGAGAGGAAGGCCCAGCAAGAGCAGCGAGAGAGUGGCAUUGGGGAGCGCAGAUUGUUGGAAGAACCUGCCCCAGCCGCUUCCAAGCCUGCCACCAAGUCUACGAAGAAGUCGAAAUCAAAGAGCGAAAAGAAGGCGACUUCGUCACAGGGUCCUGCUUCAGGGACUCAGGAUCAACCGUCAUCCGAGAGCAAAACAACCGCUUCACCACCUUCAUCGUUGAAGAGCGAGUUCGUUGACGACGCACCCUCUUCCAUCAUAAGAAACCCAACACCCCCACCAGUCGAGGAGUCAGCAGUCCCCGAAGGAGAUCUACUCCCCCGAGCGGCCCAUGAUGCGAGAGGACAAGUAGGUGUUAUCGAACAUGAGACGGAGAAGUAG